AGUAGAAUGUUCUUUCUGCCACGUUUGUAAUUUGCAGAGGGAGGAACAGAACAGGGGCUGUUUUCCUUUCUCCUUCUGCCUCCUUAAGUCCCCAAAGAGGAUGCACAGCUGCAAGGGACAAACACAGAGACACUGGAGCUUUUGAUUCGUCUCCUUCUCCCCCCACACCCCCCCUUCCUUCAAGACCCUCCAGGAUGGAUUCACUUUCUGCUUUGGGAAAUUAAGUGGCAUUCACGUGGGGGAGGGGGAGGCUUUUAUUAGCUCCAGAAAAUGGUCAGUGUUCCGUCUGUAACUAGGAAUUAAUUAUAUAUAAUCACUCAGUAAACUUUCUACAGAGUUUUUCUAAUUGCUGCGAACGUACUUAGCCUGUUGGAGCUGAGUCCAGUUACUUUUAUAAUUAACAGCUCAAAGAUUUGAGUCAGAAAGAAAGAAACAACGGGGGCCUCUUGGAUUAUAAAUUAGGGAUGAAAACAAUAGCUUUUUCCCCCUUUCUUUCUUGUAACCCCUUUUCUUUUAAACAAAACAUUCCCCCUUUUCUUUCUCUGGGAGAAUAGUAGGGAAACUGCUUCAGGUCUUAAAUGGGGUGGGGGGUUUGCAAAUGAGUCACUUGAAAAAAGCAGGGUGACAGUAACCCCAGAAAACCCUCAAGGCAAAGGUAGGUUUUUCAAAAGUCCAACUAUGUCAAAUGUGUGAUCGCUUUGUUUCUUUUGCCUUCUUCUUCUCUCUCCUGUGGCAGAGGCAACAAACAUUUGUCAGCUGAGAAGUCCUAGAUCUGGCUGGCUUUGCCUCUGGUUGACCCUGAAAAGAAAAGAUACAUGUAAGAGUGCCUUCGCCAGCCACAGUGGAGAUUUAGUAAGGGAAUCUGUUUAGAAGCCCUUCCAUGGCUCUCAAAUGCAAAAGCAAGUAAGGAUUCACCCAGGCUCCAGGUUGCUAGGACUAGGCUGCCCUUCCCCCUACUCUCUCCUUCCAGAUAAACAAGCAGGCGGGAGCCAUUUCAGCACUGCAGCUCGAGCGCUGCCAGCCUGUCCCUCCUCAUCAAGAUUACCUACCCACCCGUCCUCGCCCUGGCACAGCCUUGGGCACCAUGCCCUCCUUUCUCCCCUGGAGCUAAAAAGCAGUCACCUUGAAACUCCCCACACACAGCUCCAGCAGAGUUCUGAGGCCAAUCCUCAGACCUGUAACAGUAAAUUACAUUAUCCACCAUGAGGCUAUUAGUUCGGCCUCUGAAAGCUGGUUUCGCACAAACCCAUUGUUAAUUUUCAGGGCUCUGUUGGGGGUGGACAAAAAUCUAAUUUCUUGGCUGAAGAGGAAAUAAAAACAGAACAGGAGGUGGGAGAGGGCAUGGAUAUCUCUACUCGCUCCAAAGAUCCUGGCUCCUCAGAGAGAACAGCUCAGAAAAGAAAGUUCCCCAGCCCUCCACAUUCUUCCAAUGGCCACUCGCCACAGGACACAUCAACAAGCCCCAUUAAGAAGAAAAAGAAACCUGGCUUACUGAACAAUAACAAUAAGGAGCAGUCAGAACUAAGACAUGGUCCGUUUUACUAUAUGAAGCAGCCACUCACCACAGACCCUGUUGAUGUUGUACCGCAGGAUGGACGAAAUGAUUUCUACUGCUGGGUUUGUCACCGGGAAGGCCAAGUCCUUUGCUGUGAGCUCUGUCCCCGGGUUUAUCACGCUAAGUGUCUGAGACUGACAUCGGAACCAGAGGGGGACUGGUUUUGUCCUGAAUGUGAGAAGAUCACAGUAGCAGAAUGCAUCGAGACCCAGAGCAAAGCCAUGACCAUGCUCACCAUUGAACAGCUGUCCUACCUGCUCAAGUUUGCCAUUCAGAAAAUGAAGCAGCCAGGGACAGAUGCAUUCCAGAAGCCUGUUCCAUUGGAACAGCAUCCAGACUACGCAGAGUAUAUCUUCCAUCCCAUGGACCUUUGUACAUUGGAAAAGAACGCUAAAAAGAAAAUGUAUGGCUGCACAGAGGCCUUCCUGGCGGAUGCAAAGUGGAUUCUGCAUAACUGCAUCAUUUAUAACGGGGGAAAUCACAAAUUGACGCAAAUAGCGAAAGUGGUCAUCAAAAUCUGUGAGCACGAGAUGAAUGAGAUUGAAGUAUGUCCAGAGUGUUACCUAGCUGCUUGCCAAAAACGAGAUAACUGGUUCUGCGAGCCUUGUAGCAAUCCACAUCCUUUGGUCUGGGCAAAACUGAAGGGGUUUCCAUUCUGGCCUGCAAAAGCCCUGAGGGAUAAAGAUGGGCAGGUUGAUGCCCGUUUCUUUGGACAACACGACAGGGCUUGGGUUCCAAUCAAUAACUGCUACCUCAUGUCUAAAGAAAUUCCUUUUUCUGUGAAAAAGACUAAAAGCAUCUUCAAUAGUGCAAUGCAAGAGAUGGAAGUUUAUGUGGAGAACAUCCGCAGGAAGUUUGGGGUUUUUAAUUACUCUCCAUUCAGGACACCCUACACACCCAACAGCCAGUACCAAAUGCUGCUUGACCCCACCAACCCCAGUGCCGGGGCUGCCAAGGUAGACAAGCAGGAGAAGGUCAAGCUCAACUUUGACAUGACGGCCUCCCCCAAGAUCCUGAUGAGCAAGCCCAUGCUGAGUGGGGGUGCUGGUCGCAGGAUCUCCUUGUCGGAUAUGCCGAGGUCCCCCAUGAGCACAAACUCCUCUGUGCACACCGGCUCCGACGUGGAGCAGGACCCAGAGAAGAAAGCCACCUCCAGCCACUUCAGCGCCAGUGAGGAGUCCAUGGACUUCCUUGACAAGAGCACAGCUUCACCAGCUUCCACGAAGACAGGACAAGCAGGGAGCUCAUCCGGCAGCCCAAAACCCUUCUCUCCUCAAGCGUCCACGCCUAUCGCCACCAAGACAGACAAGACUCCCACCACCGGAAGCAUCCUGAACCUUAACCUGGAUCGAAGCAAGGCCGAGAUGGAUUUGAAGGAGCUAAGUGAGUCUGUCCAGCAGCAGUCGGCCCCUGUUCCUCUCAUCUCUCCCAAGCGGCAGAUUCGCAGCAGGUUCCAACUAAACCUUGACAAGACGAUAGAGAGUUGCAAAGCACAAUUAGGCAUAAAUGAAAUCUCAGAAGAUGUUUAUACGGCCGUAGAGCACAGCGAUUCGGAAGAUUCCGAGAAGUCAGAUAGUAGCGAUAGUGAGUAUAUCAGUGAUGAUGAGCAGAAGUCCAAGAAUGAGCCAGAAGAUACAGAAGACAAAGAGGGUAGUCGGAUGGACAAAGAGCCAUCUGCUGUCAAAAAAAAGCCCAAACUGUCAAACCCAGUGGAUACUAAAGAGGAGCUGAAAAGCACAUCACCAACCAGCGAGAAAGCAGAGCCGGGCUCAGUCAAGGAAAAGGCCAGCCCCCAGCCUGAGAAAGACUUUCCAGAAAAAGCGAAACCCUCACCUCAUCCCACAAAGGAUAAACUGAAGGGAAAAGAUGAGACGGAUUCCCCAACAGUACAUUUGGGCCUGGACUCCGAUUCAGAGAGCGAACUUGUCAUAGAUUUAGGAGAAGACCAUUCUGGGAGGGAGGGUCGAAAAAAUAAGAAGGAACCCAAAGAACCAUCUCCCAAACAGGAUGUUGUAGGUAAAACGCCACCGUCCACUACGGCGGGCAGCCAGUCUCCCCCUGAAACGCCAGUCCUCACCCGCUCUUCCUCCCAAACGCCCACGGCUGGUGUCACGGCCACUACCAGCACCACGUCCACGGUCACGGCCCCGGCCGCCGCCGCCACGGGGAGCCCGGUGAAAAAGCAGAGGCCGCUCUUACCGAAGGAGACUGCCCCGGCCGUGCAGCGGGUCGUGUGGAACUCAUCAAGUAAGUUUCAAACGUCUUCUCAAAAGUGGCACAUGCAGAAGAUGCAGCGGCAGCAGCAGCAGCAGCAGCAGCAAAGCCAGCAGCAGCAGCCUCAGUCUACCCAGGGGACGAGAUAUCAGACCAGACAGGCUGUGAAAGCUGUCCAGCAGAAGGAGAUCACGCAGAGCCCGUCCACCUCCACCAUCACCCUGGUGACCAGCACCCAGCCGUCGCCUCUGGUCACCAACUCGGGGUCCUCGAGCACCCUCGCCUCAUCGGUCAGCGCAGACCUGCCCAUCGCCACCGCCUCCGCCGACGUAGCCGCGGACAUUGCCAAGUACACUAGCAAAAUGAUGGAUGCAAUAAAAGGAACGAUGACAGAGAUAUAUAACGAUCUUUCCAAAAACACUACCGGAAGCACAAUAGCCGAGAUCCGCAGGCUGAGGAUCGAGAUUGAGAAGCUUCAGUGGCUGCACCAGCAAGAGCUCUCGGAAAUGAAACACAACUUGGAACUGACCAUGGCUGAGAUGCGGCAGAGCCUGGAGCAGGAGCGGGACCGGCUCAUCGCAGAGGUGAAGAAGCAGCUGGAGUUGGAGAAGCAGCAGGCGGUGGAUGAAACAAAGAAGAAGCAGUGGUGCGCCAACUGCAAGAAGGAGGCCAUCUUCUACUGCUGUUGGAACACCAGCUACUGUGACUACCCCUGCCAGCAGGCCCACUGGCCGGAGCACAUGAAGUCCUGCACCCAGUCAGCUACCGCUCCUCAGCAGGAAGCAGACGCCGAGGUGAACACAGAAACACUAAACAAGUCGGCUCAGGGGGGCUCCUCCAGCACACAGGCAGCCCCUCCAGAAACAGCCAGCGCCUCGAAAGAGAAGGAGACGCCAGCUGAGAAGAGCAAGGACAGUGGCUCGACCCUCGACCUCUCGGGUUCCAGGGAGACGCCCUCCUCCAUUCUCUUAGGCUCCAACCAAGGCUCGGACCACUCCCGGAGCAGCAAGUCCAGCUGCUGGAGCGGCAGCGAGGAGAAGCGCGGGUCGGCUCGCUCGGAGCACAACGCCAGCACCAGCGCGAAGAGUCUCCUCCCCAAAGAGUCUCGGCUGGACACUUUCUGGGACUAGGGACACGCUGCGGCCCGAGCCACCCACCUCCUGGAGGAAAAGUAAAAUCAGGACCCCGGGAACACAGGAGACAGCAAACAGAGACCAGAGAACCUCCACCUUCAGACUUGAAGAUUCCAGACCUUCCGACCCGGCCCUGGCGCCGGCUCCGAGGGACCCUACACUACACAGCGUCCAGCAUUAGCGCCCACCGAGGACUGCUCGGCCCCCACGAAGCCUGUGCUUUAGGUGUAAAUAAUGUACAAUUUGUGGAUGUCACUGAACCAAGAGUCCCUUCCCCUUUUUAUAUUUGUAUCGACUUUAACUUAUAAAAAAGAAAAACAAUUUAAAAAAACACCCCCAACAACAAAAAGAAUGUUUUGGUGUUGGGGGGACAGUGGUCGGUCAGUCCGUCUGUCACCUGGGCCCGGGGUGCCCCGGGGACAGUGAGCUGUUUCCGUUUUCGGGGUGCACGCAGGGCACGCGGACCCCUCACACAAGCCAUCAGCCCCUUCUAAGUACAUCACUAGGCUAUCGGAGGCAAGUCUCUGCACCCCAAGGACACACGGAGCAGCCAGUUGAUUCUGGUGAUUUCCACAGCAGCUCUCCACCUCCAGGGGUAAAGGAAACGCUGGCCUUGUUUACAGGAGACAGACGGACACCGGCCCCGCUCAGCUCCGCGGCAGAAGAGAACCUGGAAAAUGCCCGCGUCGUAAGCUCAGAAACAAAGAGGACUCUUGGCUUCGCUUUGUGGUUCCUUUGGACACACUCACACGCGCUUGGUUGAGGCCUCGCAGCGCCGGCCGGGGGCAUCCGGGCAGGACGCAUGUGCAGGACCGAGCCGGCCCGGAGGAAGCAUGUACGUAUUAUUUAUAGGAUGGGAUUUUGCGUUUUUAUGUAAGCAUGAAACAAAGGCAGUGUGAGAGGAAGCAGGCCGCCCGCCGCGCUGUACACUACGUAUGCUGUGCACCAUUUUGUAUGUUGUGUAAAACAAAAAGCAUUGAACAAAGCAAAAGGUGAUGUAUGUAUAUGAGAAAAUUAAUUGUACGAUAUCAUUCCAGUACAUUUUGUUGUACAUUUUAGUCUUGUUUACUUUCUCUUCAUUGUUGAUAAGAGGAUGCGAACUGUACAGUUUCCAGCUAGUUAACCCAUAUUAGAGAAGAAAUUAAGACAGAGUAUUAGAAGGACACGGGAGAGGAAAGAGCGUUUGUGAAUUGCAGUUGUCAAAAAAAAAAACCAAUAGCCUAGCUGGCCUUAUUUGUGAAGCAUAAUUGCUUUUAGCAUAUGGAAGUAUUUUUUCACAUUUUCUUUGUAUGAAAUUUGUAUUAAACUUAAAUAUCUUUUUUGAUGAUGGUGUUUCUUUGUGACUGAGCCAGUGGACUCACACGGUAUAUGCUCUUUUGGGUUCCCCCUUCCCCCCCCAGUUUUUUCAGAUUCUUCACCUUUUUUUAAUUAAACUGUUUUGG